CGAAAAAAUAAAAUAAAAAAAAAAUAAACAAAUGAAAGAAAAAAGCAUGCGGAGAUUCAAACAUAUUGCCCGGAGUGGAAGGAGUGUAUGAGAGACAGAGAUAGGAGAGAGUGUGUGGAAGUUGUAAUGUAUCAAAAAGGGUGAAUCAGUAUACAAUCAAAGCUUCUUCCUUUUUCAUCUCGCGAAUAAUGGAUAAUCUUACCUUGCGCGGUACUCUUGAAGGUAAUCUUAUUUUUAUAUUAGAAAUGGAUGGAUGAUAUAGAUAAAGAAUGAAUGGAUGAGAUAUUAACUUUAAUUUUUUCUUUUCUUUUUUUUUGGGUUUUCUGUAAUAGGUCAUGGCAAUUGGGGUAAGGAAUUUUAAUUUUGACAUUUGACAUUUUAUAAGAAUCGACCAUGUUGAAGAAUUGGAAUUGUAACAUUCUUGUUAAUUAGUCACUGCCAUUGCUACCACCUCUGAAGCUCCUGAUAUGGUUUUGUCUGCUUCUCGUGAUAAGACCAUCAUUGUCUGGCACCUUACCAGAGACGAAAUGAACUACGGUGUUCCCCGUAAGUCUCUCGUCGGCCAUUCUCACUUCAUUGAAGAUCUCGCCAUCUCUUCUGAUGGUCAAUUCGCUUUGUCCGCUUCUUGGGAUAAGACCCUCCGUCUUUGGGACUUGAACAGUGGUACUACCACUCGUCGUUUCGUUGGCCACACUAACGAUGUUUUGUCCGUCUCCUUCUCUGCCGAUAACCGUCAAAUCGUUUCUGGUUCUCGUGAUAAGACCAUCAAGUUGUGGAAUACCCUUGGUGAAUGCAAGUACAACAUUACUGAAGAUGGUCACAGUGAAUGGGUUUCUUGUGUUCGUUUCUCUCCUAACCCUGCUAAUCCUCUCAUCGUCUCUGGUGGUUGGGAUAAGCUUGUUAAGGUUUGGGAUUUGACCAAGAUGAAGCUUCGCACCAACUUCAUUGGUCACAAUGGUUAUGUUAACACUGUCACCAUUUCCCCUGAUGGUUCUCUUUGUGCCUCUGCUGGUAAGGACGGUGUUGUUAUGCUUUGGGAUUUGAAUGAUGCCAAGCACCUUUACUCUUUGGAUGCUGGAUCUGUCGUUCAUGCCCUUACCUUCUCUCCUAACCGUUACUGGCUCUGUGCUGCUACCGCUAACGGUAUUAAGAUUUGGGAUCUUGAAUCCAAAUCUAUUGUUGAUGAACUUCGUCCUGAGUUCGCUCAAUUGGGUAAGAGAAAGAACCCUGAUCCUGAAUGUUUGUCUGUUUGCUGGUCUGCUGAUGGUGCCACUCUCUUCUCUGGUUACUCUGAUAACAUUAUCCGUGUCUGGCAAGUCACCCGUUCUCUUUAAAUUGUAUCAAAUUUUCUUUGUAGAAUUGAAUAAUAAAAUUUAUUGAGGAAAAAAUAUACAUGUACACAGUAUAACAAAUUAUUAUAGAAAAUAAUUAUAUUUAGUGACUAGAAUUCCAAGUGUUGUUGGUUAUAUAUUUAAAAAUACACGCGUAAUCAUUAGAGAAGCAGCUUUAUUAUGGAACACGAUUUUUAUUAAAUUGAUUUUUUUUUUCAUUUUUAUUAAUAUUAUAAAAAAAAAGGAUGCUUUUCUUAGUUCUCAAAUCUCUUUAGAAGAGACUUGAUACUAACAGGAUUAACCACGAGAAGGUGAAAGCAUAUCUAAUCC